AUGAAAGCAAUAGAAUUAAGAGGACACGAAAAGCCCAUUAGUGUCAUAAAAUUUAAUUUCGAUGGCGAUUUAUUUUUCACAGGAGCCGCAGAAAAGAAAGUAAACGUAUGGAGAAAUCACACAUAUGAACGUAUAGGGUCAUUUAAGACUAAUUCUUCUGUAAAAAUAUUAGAUAUAACAAUAGAUUCGAAAUAUUUAGUUACUGGUUCAUUAGAAGGAACAAUUUAAGUAUUCGAAGUAAACGGAGGAAAAUCAAUAGGAUCUUAUAAGACUAAAUAUAAAUGUAAACAUUUAGAAUUUUCAUAUGGAAAUAAACAUUUAAUGGUGUUAUUUGAAGAUUAUGGAAGUACAGCAGCUAAUUAAGUAGGAAUUUAUGAUUUUUAAUUUUUUUUGAAACAUUUAAUAGAUAAUAAUGGAGAACCGAAAGAUGAUUCUAUACCCACAGUUUGCAAAUUUAGUUUAAAAGAACAUAUAGCAAAUAAAAUAAGAUACAGUUAUUUAAAUAAAUAUUUUUACGCUACUACAACAGAAGGACUUUUAUUAAAAUUUAGUGAUAAAGGAGAAUUAAUUUAAAAAAUUUAAGCACAUUAAGGAGAAGCUUUAGCUAUUGAAUUUGCUAAAGAUUUCUCCAUUAUGUCUACUACAGGGUCUGAUGGGUGUAGAUUUUGGGAUAUGGAUGGAUUGAAGUGUCUAAGAUUCAUUAAAUAACAAGUCUAGAUGAAUACUGUAGCUAUUUCACCACUUCUUACAGGAGAAUUCGAAUAAGUUAAGUAUCAUUGUCUUAUUGGAGGAGGUUUACCGGCUAGAGAUACUGCUAGAUUUAAAGUAAUAUUAUGCAUAUAUAUUUAUAUAUUAUUUUUAAAGGACGGAGGUUAUGAAAUUCAUCUAUGCAAUAUUAUGUAUGGGGAAGAAUUAGGAAGUAUUAGUGGACAUUUCGGACCUAUUAAUUAAAUUGUAUUCUAACCUGACGGAAGAGGAUUUAUUAGUGGAGGAGAAGAAAGUAUUGUUAGAUGUUUUAGAUUUGAUGGUAGUUAUUGGGAAAACGAAGCUUUAGAAUGAAU